AUGGACGAUGAAUACGAUUUUGCAUUUUUGGAAAAUGAAUUUGGAAAAGGGAUACCGUUUCAUGAGGGCAGACCAAUUCAACUUUUAAAUUACGUCGAUAAUAAAAAAAAUCAUGAUGAAUUUGGAGAAAUUAAAAUAAACGAAGAGGCUUUAAAUAUCAUUAGAGAAUUUGAUGAACCAGUUUCAAUCAUCGCUAUCAUUGGAUCAUAUCGUAGAGGGAAAUCAUGGUUCGCAAAUGUAUUACACGGUAGACAUGACGGAUUCGUGUUAGGUACAACAGCAGAGGGUUGUACACAAGGAAUUUAUAUGUGGAAUAAACCAUUUAUUCAUCAAGGAAAACGGAUGAUUAUACUAGAUUGUGAAGGGAUUGAUGAUCCAAAGCAAAAUCAACAAUGGGCAUCGAGAUUAUUCAUUUUAUGUAUAGCAAUAUCUUCAACGUUUAUUUAUAAUUUAAAUGGUGUCAUCGGUAGAAAUGAUAUAGGAAAAUUGCUUUUGAUGACCGAUUUAGCAAAAUUCAUUACACCCCCUUCGGAUUAUAAAUUCUUACCCAAAAUGGUUGUGUUGCUGAGGGAUUUCAUGUUAAAAAAUCCUGAUGAUUUUAAAGAUUAUUUCUUGGAAAAAUUAAAUCUUGUUGAUAAUGAAGCUACGGGAAGAAUUAGAAAAUAUUUCUCAGAUUUUGAUGUGUUUGGUCUUCCGAUUCCGUUGUCGGAUCGUAAUCGACUACAAAAUUUGGAUAAAUUGUCAACAGAAGAAUUAGAACCCGAGUUCGUCACUGAAGUAUCUAGGGCGGUCAAAAGUAUUUUAUCCACUUCAACGCCAAAGUACAUCGGAUCAUCCUUAAUGACGGGUUUAUCAUUUACGAAAUUCCUUCAAGAAUGUGUCGAAAAAUUAAAUGAUACAUCAAAUUCCAAUUUUCAACUAUCGAUUCCAAGCGAGUACGAUUCUGUUAUUGAAUACGUUGCACGACAAUCCAUUAAACAUUGUACUCAAAUGUAUGUCACAAGUAUGAAUUCAAAGUUACAACAACCAUAUGACGACGGUAGAAAGCAACGAUUGAAGGUUCUUAAUUGGGAAGAUUUUAAUGAAAUUCAUGUGGAAAUCUAUAAUCAAGUCGAAAAGGAAUUCUUUAAAAGGGUCAUCGGAAGUGGAUCCCAAAUAAAGAAAUAUGCGAACAAACUAAUAGAAUCGAUUAAUGAAAAAUUUGAAGAAUUUCAUAAAUCAAAUUCCUACGCUUUAUAUGAACAGAAUAUGAGUUUGAUCAAAAAGUUAUGGGAUCGUCACGUAAAAGUUGGUCUCGUUGAUUUAAAAAGUUUCUUUAAGACUCGAGAGGAAUUUAAUGAUGCGAUCACAAAGUUUGAGAAAGAGAUCGUGGAUGCUUUAAUAUUAGAUUGUCCAGAAACAGAAAUGAUCUUGGCAGGUUUUAAGGCUCGCGAAUAUCAAAAGGCGACCGAGACGUUACAAUUAUUUCAAGUUCUCGAUGAUGAAUCGGUAAAUCAAUUUAAAAAAUAUCAAGAAGCUGAACAACAAUGUUUAGAACAUGCUUCUCGGGAAAAAGAGAUGCAAUUUAAGGUCAAUAAAUUAGAAAAUGAACGUAAAAGAACGGAAGAAAAACUUUCCAUUAAACUUAAAGAUUUGGAAGAAAAUAUUAAAAAACAAAACAAUGUAAAUUUUAAUUUAAUAGAACGAAUGCAACAUGAACAUGAAUUAACUUUAGCUUUAAUUAAAAAAGAAAAGGAUUCAGAAAUAGAAUUAUUACAAAAGCAAAUUAAAAAAUCUGAAAAAAGUAAAUUAGACUACAUAAAAUUUGCUGUAAGUUGUGCUCCUGCAAUUAAAUUUGGAUUAGGAAUUGCAAAGACCAUGUUCAUGUAA